CUAGCCGCAAGAUCAUUGGACCAUUUCUAUCAACCGCUAAAGCCCAUCACGCUUUUCACUUUUUGGAUUCUCUCAGUCUCACCUCUUCUUUCUUUUUUCUUUCUUUCUUUCUUUCUCACUUCCAGUAUCACACUCCACCCUUCCCUACUUCACCUUCAUGACAAAAAGAAAAAAAAAGGAUAAUGUUGAAGCUUUUUCUACCUUCUGUUGUUCAUGGCAUACACUUUUCUCAUUUGAAUUUUUAUAAUUUUUUUGUUCUGUGCAAAUGCUGUAAUUGUUGAGAAUAUUUAUGAAUGCUGGGAAAUGACUUGAGUGACAAGAACUGCAGAAUGUGAAUCUUUGGCUUUGAUAUCAAGUGGAACUUUUGUCUUGUGGCUAAGUGGACACUUGUGGCUAAUAUCCAUAAAAAGUUCUUUUUUAUUAACAAUCUCUUUGAUGCCAAAACACACAGUUUAAAUCAUUUGAUCUUGGUUGAACUUCACCUUUUUCUUGAUUACAUAAAUGCUAUAAAUACUUCACAGUUCACACUAGCAUAAACACACACUCUUUACAAGACUUUUCCUCCUUCCCAAAGUACAAUCUUUUCAGUCUCAGGAUAUUUCACAAGUAUACCUGAUAAAAGUUGUUGAAUUACCAUCCUUUGACAUGUUGAACCCAACAUGAAACAAGCAUGUUGAAGUUGGGCUCUGGUGGAGAUGGUUACCCCAGCAACUGGGCUCGUAGUUGUGAUACAUGUCAGGCAGCAGCCUGCACACUCUACUGCCACACUGACUCUACUUACCUCUGCAAUGACUGCGAUAAGCGAAUCCAUGCCGCCAAUCCUAUGGCCUUGUCACACCAGCGUGUGUGGAUUUGUGCUGCCUGCGAGAAUGCUCCAGCAGUUGUCACCUGCAGUGCUGAUGCAGCAUCACUUUGCAUCAAUUGUGAUAUUCAAAUACACUCAGUCAAUCCUCUGGCCCGCCGUCAUACCAGGGUCCCUAUUCCUCCACUCUCAGGUCUAGCAUGUUCAUCCUUAAGUACUCACCAGGAUGAUCGGGUUCCAGGUCCCAUGUUUGACACAGGAAAUGAAAUUGCGGCCCCUACAAUGCUGAACGAGGAAUUUGAUGAAGAUGAAACAGAUUCUUGGUUAUUGCUUGAGCCUGAUAACACUGAUAACCCGACCAUGAGUGGAUUUACCUAUAGUGAACAAUUUGACGAGUACAUGGACGUUGUGGAUACAAGUACCAAGUAUCAGUGCCAAGAACAGUGCAGUGAUCAACAGCAACUUCUUUGUGUUAAUUAUCAAGAAGAUAGUGGAAGUGAUAGUGUUGUUCCAGUUCAAACUUUUGAAGCAAAGAAGCAACCACAACAAGAAGAGAAACAACGGCAGCAGCAGCAAACACACCAUCAGUUACAGACUGUUUACUUCAAUACAGAAAAUAGGGGAUCAAACGCCGCAUUCAUUAAUACCUCUUCAAGUAGUAUGAGUGUCCCCAAGCUGCUCAUUACUGCUGGCAUUUUACCAAACGCAACAAGCAACAUACCAAACUCAUACACAAGAUUUCCGACGGGGACAGCUGACCUCUUUCCAGAUCCCUUGCUUCUGAUGCCACUCCAAUUCACAUCAAUGAACAGGGAAGAAAAGGUCCUACGAUAUAGAGAGAAGAGGAAGGCAAGAAAGUUUGAGAAGAAAAUAAGAUAUGCCUCCAGGAAAGCCUAUGCAGACACUCGACCUCGAGUCAAGGGCAGAUUUGCAAGGAAAACAGAUAUGGAAAUUGAGGAUGAUCAGCUGUUCUCAAAGGAAGACUAUGGCUAUGGUAUUGUUCCAUCAUUAUGAUGUACAAUAAGAGGCUAUUAGAAGCUCUUGCUAAUGGAGACUGAGUUAUUAUCUUUAAUGUUAAUGCCUUUAUUAAUGUAGUGCCUUAUAUUCAUUCCAUGUAGUUCAGUGAAUGACAACAUUAUUUGUACGUUUGCGGUAACUUUUCCUCCACGCUUAUCAAUCCAUAUCCAUUAAAGUGGUUUGAUUUAUAUUCCAGCAUUCAUUUUGAAGUUGUAAUACAAU